AUGACAGAUCCACUCUCUAUCGCAGGAAGCGUGGCAGGUGUGACCACGCUUGGAAUCCAGGUCACACAGUCAUUGGUCGAGUUUUAUCAAGCAUAUAAGCGCCAGGACUCUGAGCUUGCCGGUAUUACUGGGAAGCUUGAGAACCUUGCAGAGACCUUCCGACACCUUGAAAAGACUUUGUUGCGUCGUAGUUUUCGAGUAGACGAACAAAGUCUGGUCACGAGAAUUGAAAUUCCAAUCACAGAUUGCGAGGAAUUGAUUCGAGAGCUACAGGAUGAAUGUCAGAAGUUUAGCCAGACCUGCUCAGCUGGCGUCAAAGCUGCUGUCAAAGUGGCAGGACGUCGUAUCGCAUACCCAUUUCGACAAAGCACGCUCCAGAAACUCGACGAAGAUAUUAAUGAGAUGGGAGCCAGCCUCUCCAUUGCGCUAAACGUGUUGCAGCUCAAUGAUAACCAGAGAUUUCAGGACAAUGUUACGGAGAUGAAAGCCGUCUUGGAAGCGGUUAAAUCUAAUCAGAUUUCAUCGGAUCUUCGUGAGUGGCUCAACGCACCUGAUGCCACCAUUGACUACAAUGCGGCUUGUGCAAAGAAACACCCAGGCACUGGGACGUGGCUCAUCAAGAGCUCCGAAUUUACGAAAUGGUUGACCAAUGAGAAUACUAUCUUGUGGUUGAGAGGCUUUGCCGGGUCUGGCAAGUCAGUCUUGUGCUCCACAGCGACACAAUCUGUGCUACGACAUUGGGGAUGCGACCGUGGCGUCGGUGUUGCAUUCUUCUAUUUCACUUUCACCGAUGACUCGAAACAAGAUGAGUUGUCUAUGAUACGAGCAUUGCUACUACAACUGUCGAGCCAGCUCCAAGAUGGCCACGCAGAUCUCACGCGGCUGCAUGAAUCAUAUAAGUCUGGUACACCUCCAUCGUCGGUUCUACUGGAAUACGUCCGGCGCUUGAUCCAGAGGUUCCGCCAAGUAUAUAUCCUACUGGAUGCGCUUGACGAAAGCCCUCGAAAUGGACGACGAGAAUACGUUCGUGAAGCUGUAGACACAAUGCAUAAAUGGGGCAUGCCUAAUUUUCACCUUUUCGUCACGAGCCGGGAUGAGCCAGAAAUCCGUGCAUCUCUUGACCAUCCUGCCACCCAACAAAUCAUAAUGCAAAAUGCAGGAAUUGAUAAGGACAUUGCUGACUUUGUAUCAAAUCGGCUAAAUGAAGACCGAAGGUUCCGGAGAUUGUUCCCAUACCGUGAUAAGAUUCAAGAAAGAUUGGCCAAAGGGGCUAACGGCGUGUUUCGGUGGGUCGAAUGCCAGCUGAAAUCUCUGCAGUCGUGUCCCCGCAGUGAAGACCAUCUCGACAAGGUGCUCGGUUCAUUACCUCGAUCACUGGAUGAAACAUACGAACGGAUACUGUGUAGUAUCGACGACCAUCUGAUUGAAGAUACGCGAAGGAUUUUGACUCUACUCUGCUUUGCUUCAAGACCAUUGAAGGUGGGGGAGCUUAUCGAUGGUAUCGCUAUAGAGAUUAAUGGCUCCCCAGGCUUGAAUCGUAAACGCAGAUUGCAGGAUUCUGACGAUAUCCGCGAUAUAUGUCUCGGACUUGUCGAUAUUGGCCUUCAUGCCCGUCUAGAGAGUAUACCUUAUGAUGAUGAUGAUGAUGAUGAUGAUGAUGAUGAUGAUAAUGAUGAUGAUGAUGAUGAUGAUGAUAAUGAUGAUGAAGACCUGACGCCAACAGUCCGAGUUGCUCACUUCUCUGUUCAAGAGUAUCUGGAGUCCGAACGUAUUCAGCGACAGAAGGCUGCAAUCUUCAGCUUAUCCCGCGUUGCAGCACAUGCCGAGAUUGCACAGAUUUGUUUAGUAUAUUUACUUGAGGAUGGCCUUUCCAGCUCAAUUGUGUAUCAAAAUCUUAUGCAAGAGUUUCCAUUGGCUCAAUUUGCAGCCAGGUAUUGGUAUCGCCAUUAUAGGGAUAGCGAAAGCCCUACUCUCGCACUCAACUCUCUUGUAGUAAAGCUAUUCUCACGUCAACAUUCAUUUGCAACUUGGGUGAGAUUGUACGAUAUGGAUCGACUUCGCAGAAAGGGUGUCGGAUUCCACCGCCCUCUUGACAAGAUAGCAACUCCAGUAUACUACGCAUCCUUACUGGGACUUGAUCAAAUUCUGUACAUACUAAUUGACGAGGAGCAGGCAGCGAGCGCGAUUGUGUCGGCUCAAUCGUCAGUAAACACGCCUCCGAUCCUCGAUCAGAUCAACGCUCGAGGCGGAGAGUAUGACAAUGCACUGCAGGCGGCGUCAUAUCAAGGUCAUGAAAAGGUGGUACAGCUGCUGUUGGAAAACAGAGCUGAUAUCAACGCUCAAAGUAGAAUUUAUGGCAAUGCACUGCAGGCGGCGUCAUAUCAAGGUCAUGAGAAGGUGGCACAUUUGCUGUUGGAAAAAGGAGCUGAUAUCAACGCUCAAAGUGUACUUUAUGGCAACGCACUGCAGGCGGCGUCAUUUGGUGGUCUGGAGGAAGUGGUCCAAAUACUACUUGAGAAGGGACUUGACGUUAACGCUCACCGUGGAAUUUAUGGCUCCGCACUGCAAGCAGCGUCAUUUGCAGGUCAUGAGAAAGUGGUGCAGAUAUUGCUCGAGAAGGGAGCCGAUGUCAACAAAUAUAGAACAAACAGCAAGAUGUUAUGUGGACCUCAUAAUACCGUACUGCAAGUGGCGUCAUAUAGAGGUCAUGACAAGGUAGUACAGAUAUUGCUUGAGAAGGGAGCCGACGUCAACGCUCAGGGUGGAUUUCGUGGCACCGCACUGCAGGCGGCGUUGGGUAGUGGUCAUGAGAAGGUGGCGCACAUGUUGCUUGACAAGGGAGCCAUUCGCCCAUCAAAGAAAAAGGCUUCUGAAGAGAAAGGCUCUACGACGCGUUGA